CUCUGCAGAUCAAGCUCGCUUUCGCAAGCCCGUUUCCGGCACGUCAACAAUAAAUCCACCCCGCCGCCGUCAAUUUGUUCAUAACUCUCUGCGAAAUAAACAAUCGUCACUGCAACAAAGUUUGCGGUUUUUUUCGAAAAAUGCGAAGAGCAUAUGCUUACUUGUCCUUAGCUGCAGGUAUCUUCUUUAUGUUUAUGUUUAUUAGAUUAAAUUCCACAUCCUCGUUGCCCUUUACUCUUUGCUCUUUGCUCGCCUCGGUAGCCCUAUUCUCCUGCUAUCGUGAGUAUGCGCACUCCGCAUCUGGCCUGAGCCAUGUUUGCUCUUACUUACAUGCUCUCCAUCCUCCUCUGAUCCCUCACUAUCAUCUGCAGGGAUUCAAAGCUUGCCUCCAUUACCGUCAAAUAAUCAUGCCACGGUCUUCUAUUUCUGUAUAUCUCAUCUACUAGAUAUCUAUCGUCUGCUACUCUGUACUGCUAGUCUAUCUACUAGUCUAUCUGCUAGUCUGGUCUGCUAGCCCCGGACAUAACACAUCUCAUUG